AGCUCAGCGUUUGAGAGAGUUAAUCAACGAGCGACUAACUGCUGCUGCUGAAGAAAUAUUCCGAGAUUUUCAAACAACUAUCUCAGAGUACGAAGAAGAGAUCAACCGUCAGCGCAGACUGCUGGAUAUCGUUUGGAAAUCUGAAAUAAAGUUACACAGAAUAGAGCUCCAGAGACGCAGUACAGGAGUGUUUGUCACCUUAACUGAAAGGAAUCAAUGUCGACGGUUUGGACGUUUUUUUACGGUCUCAAAUGAAGAUAAUCGAAUUGCAAUAUGCAAUACUUGCAAAGCCGAAGUAAUGCGUGGAGGAUGCCGUGUCAAAUCAUUCAACACCACCAAUUUAAUGAGUCAUUUGAAAAACCGCCAUCCAGAAGUUCACAUACAAUGUCAGGAAGCUAACGUUGCUAGCAAGAAGCCAAAACCGAAAACAGCAGCAGCCGCAGUUGGGAGCCCAAUACAGCAAGCACUCGACCAAACAAAGAAAUUUGCCAAGGACAGCGCAAAGGCCAAGUCAAUCACGAACAAGGUAAUGGAAAUGAUAGCUCUUGACGACCAGCCAUUUUCCAUAGUGGAGGACCGAGGCUUUCGUCAGCUGAUAGCGCACAUUGAACCCCGCUACAGCCUUCCAAGUCGCCGUUACUUUUCCGAUGUUUCCCUCCCUGCUUUGUAGGAAGUGGUAGCCACACAUAUCCACAAGAUGUUGGACAGCAGUGGGAAUGACAUUAGCUUCACGACAGAUAUAUGGAGCUCCGACAUCAGUAAGAUGAGUAUGUUAAGCCUUACUGCUCAAUGGAUUGAUGACAACUUUGAAAUGAGCAGAGCUGUGUUACAUGCACAAGAAUUUGCUGGGUCGCAUACAGGGACUGCCAUAGCUAGUGCAUUUGACUGCAUGUUUGCUCAGUGGAAAAUACCGAAAGAAAAUGUGCCUGUUGUGCUUCGUGACAACGCGCGAAAUAUGCAGAAGGCAAUGGACGAGUGCAGUGUUAAAAGCCUGGGCUGAAGGGAUCAUACACUGCAGCUGGCAGUGCAUGACGGAGUGCUAAGCCAGCGAAGCAUCUCUGAUUGUGUGGCUAUUGGAAGGAAAAUAGUUGGACAUUUUAGGCACUCUCAACUUGCCAGCUCUCGGCUGAGAGACAUAUAGCAAGAGUUGGGCAUGAAAACCAAGAUGCUACAACAUGAUGCCGCAACUCGAUGGAAUAGUACUUUUUUCAUGAUGCAAAGUCUACUGGAUCAGAAGCGCACACUUGGUGUGUAUGGAGCAGAUCAUGAACUUCCCGCCUCUCUGAGCUCAUACCAGUGGGGCUUAAUUGAAAACAUGACUACGCUUCUUACUCCAUUUGAACAGUUAACGAGAGAGAUAAGCUCACAUUUGGCCACUACUGCUGACGUGAUUCCCUCUGUGGUGGCACUGAAACGUUUGCUGAGCAAGGCAGCUGAAACGGAUAGUGGGGUCUGCACAGCAAAAAGCACUCUACUAGAAGCUGUGAACAAACGCUUUGGGAGCAGUUUCUCCGAGCCACUUUACUAAGUGACAAGGUAUUAUAACUCCCCAAGCUAGCUGCAGUAAAUAUGCUUCAGAAGGAAGUGGACAAAGUGACGCACAGCGACAGUACCACGGAGACACCUGGCACAGAAGAACCGCAGGAGAAGAAGCCGCAUACUGGAAGUGGUGGACAGUCGCUACUGGACAUGCAUGAUGAAAUUCUGGAGGAAAACUCAACAAUGCAACAGCUGGCGGGCCUGACAAGCAAAACAAGUGUGCAGGUGCAUGGCUAUCUGAGUGAGCCCCCCAUCCCCAGAAAUGAGAGCCCACUGCAGUAUUGGAAAAGCAACAUGUCCCGCUUCCCUGCCCUGGCCAAAGCAGCACGCAAGUACCUUUCGGCUCCAUGUACAAGUGUCGACAGUGAACGUCUCUUCUCCGCUGCAUCACAUGUUGUCGAUGAAAAGAGAAAUAGGAUCCAAUGCGAGAAAGCAGAAAUGCUUCUCUUUGUCAAGAAAAACUUGCCUUUGCUGGUGAAGUAGGCCUAGACUAACCCUACAGUGAAACACUGUUGGGAAAUUGCAAAAAUACAGUGUUUUCAAAUUAUUGUUCAGUCAUAAUUCUGAUAUUUUUGAUUUAGCAAUUUCAUAGAUGCGAGUUGACAUGACUUGUAUUGUUUUGCACUUUGCAAAAAAACACUAGUAUACAAGUUUAUUUUUUAUGGUUGCUUGGAGGAAAACAUUGUUUGGACAUUUACUUGAACAUUACACAUAAGUUGGAAAAUGUGCACUGACUACAGUGUCUGUUAUAAAUAUUCUCAAGUUUGAUUAGUGAGAAUGUAGUCAGAACAUGUUUUGAUAUAUUGGAUUAAGCCUAUUUCACAGAUUUGAGUUGAAAUUGACUUAAACUUAAAACACUUUUUGUAAUU